AUGGCUAAAACCCUAAUUCUCUCCGCUUUAGCUGCGGCCUUCUUCUUCAUUCAAGUCGUCGAAUGUGUUGUUGCAGUUGCGAAUUCUGCUAGGUUGACGAUAAAGAACAACUGUGCGUACACCAUCUGGCCCGCCACUCUCACCGGCGGCGGCACUCCGCCGAUCGACGAUACCGGCUUCGAGCUCGCACCGCGGGCGUCGAAGUCUGUGACGGCGCUGCCCAAGUGGUCGGGCCGCGUGUGGGCCCGGACGCAUUGCUCGACCGAUCCGUCGUCGGGCCGGUUCUCGUGCCUCAGCGGCGACUGCGGUAGCGGGGUGGUGGAGUGCAGGGGCGCCGGCGGAGCGGCGCCGGCCACGCUGGUGGAGUUCACGAUGCAGGGCUAUGACGGGCGGGACUUCUACGACGUGAGCUGUGUCGACGGCUUCAAUCUGCCGGUGGCGGUGGCGCCGGUGGCGAGGGAGGGGUGCAACUUCGCCGACUGCCCGGUGGACCUGAACGCGAUCUGCUUGCCGGAGCUGCAGGCGAAGGCUCCGAGCGGAGCGGUGGUGGGAUGCAAGAGCGCGUGCUUGGCGUUCGACACCGACAGAUACUGCUGCAGAGGAGAGUACGGCGGAGGACCGAAGGCGUGCCCGCCGACGAACUACUCGCAGUUCUUCAAGAAGGAGUGCCCGCGGGCAUAUAGCUACGCCUACGACGAUGGGACCAGCACUUUCACAUGCAGGAAUACCGAUUACAUUAUUACCUUCUGCCCUUGA